AUGAAUUCUAGAGUACUCUCCGCAGCUCGCCUACCCCGAGGCGUAACUAGUAUCGCAAUUAUUGGAACAAGCAUUGGGCUGUACUAUACCUACAUGAGGAACGUUGCUUACGCGGAUUCCGGUGCGCCGAAGAAGGCUUUCGGCUCUGGCCCGGCUUUUUUGUCUCUUGAGCUCGAGAGCACUGAAGCUGUAAACCACAACACUAAGCGAUUACGAUUUAAGCUUCCUACACCAGAUACCGUUAGUGGCCUCACAUUAACAUCCGCGCUCUUAACAUACUCUUGGCCAAAAGGCAGUACAUUUCCUGUUGUGCGGCCUUACACUCCGAUUAACUCACUGGAUGAACCAGGUGCUUUAGAACUUCUCAUCAAGAAAUACCCCGAUGGGAAACAGAGCACAUACAUACACUCCCUAAAGCCGGGAGACUCGUUGCGCUUUGUCACCCGGAUACCGGGAUACAACUACCAACCAAAUAAACACUCAGAGAUCCUUUUAAUCGCCGGAGGAGCCGGUAUUACUCCUAUCUAUCAACUGAUUCGGGGCAUCUUGCAAAAUCCCGAGGACCACACCAAGAUCAACUUGGUAUUUGGCGUAAACACAGAUGCUGACUUGCUCCUAAGAAAGGAGUUCGACGAGUACGCAGCGAACUUUCCUAGUCGUUUCAACGUCACAUAUACGAUCAGUCAUCCCGCGAAUGGUUCGCCGUUUCGACAAGGCUACGUUACCAAGGAGUUGCUGAAUGAGGUAGCGCCCCAAUCGGCUAGUUCCAAAGUGUUUGUUUGCGGACCGCCGCCGAUGGAGACUGCGCUUGUGGGAAGCUGGCAGAAAUCGGGGAUCUUGCAUGAACUUGGCUACCGGAAGGAUCAAAUACAUAAGUUCUGA